CGGAAAGAGAGCUGAGAGAGGAUGGGCGACGUGAACAAUUCGUGUAUUUUGUGCGGGGCGAUUGCCGACGAAAAAUUCCUACUAGUCGCCAACCUGGAUGAGGCCAAAUUUGCAAAUUGGUGGCUUGAGAACUUUGACGUUGAAAUAGAAAAGUCGGUGCUCCAAGACAAGUCGGGCCGCGUUUGUAAGUUUUGCAUCCAGGAUGCUCGAAAUCCUCUUUUUCUCCCCAAAAUCGCAGCACUCGGCUGCAUAGCAUCGAGCAAUUCAGACUCAGUCAAGAGAAAAAAUCCAAUCGACUGGUGGACAGUCUCUUCCUGUGAUUCAAGUGAGCAUUGUCAAGGGAUAGAAAAAAAAUGCUCCGUCGUCUUGGAGUCUUUUGAAGAAGAUGAAGUCGAUACAUCUUCAGUUGCGAGCUGCUCAAACGGGACAGCAUCGAAAUGCACUGCCAGAAAUCAGAAAAGACCCUCAACUCAAAUAUGUCAGCCUCAACCCAAGAGAAGGAAAAUUAAUGAGUUUCCCUGCAUUUACUGUUUUAGUAAGUUUCAUAGCUUAAAAAGACAUUUGCGCUCCAUUCACAGAGUGAGAAAAUUGGUUCGAUGUGAUCAAGGCGAGUGUCGUCAUUACGUUGGAAGCAACGUUUUUCAAUCUCACAUACAAAUUUAUCACUCAAACAACGGUAUUCUGAAGUGCGACAUUUGCAAAAAACUGUUCACAAAUAUCAUCCACCACAAACUGCAUGUCAAGUACGCCCACAGAAGUGCAGAUAAGAAUAUUUCCAAUUUGUCAGCGGGUUCACUUUACCAGGCAAAAGGAUUGGGUCAUGAAGUGACUUGUGUCUUUUGCGAUUUUCCGUUCCAAAGCAAUGCUCUAGAAGAUCACAUUUUGCGUUUGGUUCACAAAGAUGUUCACGCAGUGGGUUGCUCCUAUUCUGAUUGUCACGAGUAUUUUGACCAGAGAGACGAUUUGGUGGCCCAUUUGAAAUUCACACACCCGUAUCUUCUGGAUAAAAAAUUGAAAAUUGAUUUAGUCAAAAGCAAAAAAUGCAACUUUUCAGAGAAAUGUGAUAUGAUUUUUGAAUCAAACGAGGAUAUGGCAGAGCACAUUUUUAAUGCUCACUCGGACAGUUUGGGAAAAAUAACUUCUUGCUUUUAUUGUGAUAAAUUUUUGUCCCACACUUCCAUGAUCAGCCACCUCAAAGAAACGCAUAAAUCCUCUGACGUUUUAAAGUGUCCUGAAUUUGGCUGCCACCAAAUGUUUGCGGAAUAUUGUGAUUGGUGGGGCCACAUUAAAUGUCACCACAAGGAAUUUUUUACAACGGAGACUCUUUCCUCCCAAGUUCUUGAACCGACAAAUGUGCGAUGCUUAGAAUGCUUUAAAAUUUUUACUUCGGAUGCAUCAUUAGCAGAUCAUUUAAAGAAAUUUCAUUGUUUUCCGCAAUUUUUUAUCGACUUGCAUAUGAGAAACUUGUUCAGGAGGUGCCCGAAGUGCCCUCUUUCCUUCAAAAACCAAGCGGGCUUGAAUAUUCAUGUCAUGUAUGUUCACAGAGAAGCAGAGCAAAAUUCAGUGGAGUUGGUGUUAGAUCCUGUUUCGGUCCCUAAAAGAUUUGCAUUAAAAGCUGAUGUGCUCAAAAAAAUUGUCCAAGGGGUCAGAAUGGAGAGCGAUUCAGAGGCAAAUAGUACAAAAAUUAAACAGGAGCUAGAAUAUGACGAGCCUCUUAAAUUUUGUAAAACAAGUUUCAAUGAGGAAGAGCAAAUCCUGUCAGGUCCUCUUGAUCUUUCUGAAAUGAAUACUGAGCGUUUAGUUAGUAAAAACCGGGCCAAACUAAUCAAUCUAAAAUUUCCUCGAAAUGAAUUGAAUGUGGAAUGUGAUCAAAAUCCGUUGACCUUUUGCAUGUACUGCGAGGCCGAACCUCUCGACUUGCCAAACCACCUGAUCGUCACUCACAUGCUGACGGACGUGGUGAAAUGCACGUUCAGUCGGUGCAGCCAGUUCAUGGCGAGGGAGGAUUUGGAGUCGCACAUUGAAACUCAGCAUUCGGGCAUCGACACUUCUCGAUUCGUGGCUUGCGAAUUGUGCAAAACGCUCUUCGUAAACCGCAGCUAUUACAAUUUGCACGUCAGGCACGUUCACAAAAACUGGGAACUUCCGACCGGAUCGCAUCCCGAGCCGAAAAAACCGUUUUACAAAGCGCAAGGAACGUGCUCUCAAAAAAUUGGUGCGCACCAGGUUGACCGAGGGGUGGUGACUUGUCGCUCUUGCAAUGAAAUUUUUAAGAGACAUUUACGAAAGGCUGAGCAGAACGGAAGAAUUGUUGAUGCAGGAAGUUGCACUUAUCCCGGAUGCGACGAGUUUUUUCACAACAAGCGCGAUUUAGUGGAUCAUUUGAAGAGUGAACACCCUUAUCUGACGGAGAAAAAGUGUAAACCGCGUUCUAGAAAUGGCAUGAGAUGCACCUUCGCCCAUAAUUGCUAUAAAAAAUUUGACUCUUACGACAAGAUGGAAAAGCACAUAUUUGUGAAUCACGCUUAUAGUUUGGGCAAAAAAAUGUCUUGCUUUUAUUGUGAUAGAUUUUACACUCUCGCGACAUUGCGCAACCACUUGUACGACUUUCACAAAGCCACUGAAAUAUUAAAAUGCCCGGUUUUAGGUUGCUCUCAGAUGUACAUUUUUUAUGCUGAUUGGUGGACGCACAUCAAAUAUUUUCACAAAGACUUUUAUAAAUUUGAAACCGACGCACCAACCGCGCAGCCCGAAAGCAAAACGGAAAAAUUGCGUUGCAAGCAUUGCAAUCAAGGACUCUUUAAGUCUGAGAACUUUUUUCUCAGUCACAUGAGGCGACAUCAUAAAUACAUAACUUUUGUUUAUGCGCAAUUCACCAGAGAACGUUUUCAGAAGUGUCCGAAAUGCCCACUGUCUUUGAAAAACGAAGAAGGUGCUGAAAUUCACCUUAAAUAUGCCCACGAAGAAAAACCAAGUCCUUCUUUUGAGUCAAUUGCUCAAAGACCAACAGAAAGUAGGAAGCUCAAGCCAGUAUCUGACCUCCUUGUUGGCAGUCAAACUGAACCAAACUCCCCGGAUUGUGGCUUGAAAAUUUCUCCUUAGUCGAACCCUGUGGAAGAUGUGGAAUUCAAAAUUAAGGAAAUUUUAGAGUUCGGAACCGUAAAAAUUGGUGCAAUUAAAUGUAAAAUUAUAAAAAUUUACUGCAAAAUCUUUUUUGCAACUGACGCUGAAUGAGAAAAAUUCCAGUCAAAGCAAAAUUGUUUGAAUCCAAUGUUUUUGUCAGGUUUAUAGCAUGAUCAUGCAAGGUUGUGUUUUUCCUUAGAAAAUUUAAAUCUGUUAACUGACUUCCGUUGUUUUGCUCCAUUAAUUGUUUUAAUUUCUAUAUUAUUCGUUUUGUUUAUCUCCUGAAUUCUAUCUACUGAUUCAUCAGCAAUUGAAUGUCUUCAAAAAGCGACUGAUUAAAUUUCACCGCGUUGGUAGAUUUAACUAAGAGAAAAAUAUGCAACAUUAUCUGUUUUGUUAUGUUGAAAGAGCCAAAAUUUAAUAAACAUGCUGGAAAAUAUAGUUUAUAAUUACAUAAUUAAUUUAAAUUACUUUUUUAUUGCAUUUUCAAGUACAUCUUAAUUGUAAUUUAUAAAAAAAUUUUUAUCACAUUUUUGCUCCCAUUUAUAAGAAUAUGAACAUUAGAAAGCAAAAGCAGAAAAAGAGUAAAAAAUUAGCAUUAAUAGUCUGUGUUUCGUCAGUUCACAGAAGCGGUUCAAGCAGGGCUGAACGGCCUCCGCAUUUUCAUUUCAUAAUUAAAAACAAAAUUAAAAAAUAAGAAAAAAAUGUUUUUUACUUAUUGUGAUCUAGUUUAUUAUAUUAGGGAUUAGGGAUCACAACAAAUAGAUUGAAAGUGAAUUAAAUUAUGUCUCGCAAAAGUUAUCUCGUUUUUUAACUAUGCAAACAAAGCACAUUUUGAAUAAAUACUAAUAAAAAACAUACACAAUAUCAAUCAAAUUGAUUUGUUUCUUCUGCCGAUUAUUUGUGUAGAUUUAACACAAACUUUGCGCCGUGGUAUGUAGAUUAAACCUUCUCUGCAGACAAUUAAAAUCUUUUGAGGUGUGUUAAUUAUACUUAAUCCAAGAGGGUCAUCUGAAAUAUCGUCAUCAUCAAUUCCUAGAAAGAAAGAAAAAUAAUAGAAUAAUUAGAGUGGAAAAAUUUAAAGUUAUUUAUUAUUUAUGUUGUAUAUCUU